GAGAGAGAGAGAGAGAGAGAGCGAGAGAGAGAGUCGCAAGGAGCGCACACGUCGCACUAUCAACUGGAUCCAUCUAAGAAAACAACUCCGGACAAGUCUUGUGCGAGAAACAAUAACGUGGAAGUUGAGGCGCACUGAAAGAGCGCAUCGGGCGGACGCAGCCAGCUGUCAUGGCCCGUGACAAAUCAGGCGGCGGACACUUCCACGAGUGGGUCCUCGCGGUUGUGCUUGAGUGGACGGGGAGCAGUGGGAGCUGCGAACGUCGCCCUGUAUUCUGCCGCCCUCGCUCCGUGUCGAGUUAAAACGGCUGGCAACACUACAAAAAAAAAAAAACAAAACAAAAAUAGGAAGGAAGGAAGGAUAGAAAAUAUGCUGCUACGACGCUUGGUCGGAACCUCCUGGCUAAAGCGGCACCAGACGGACCUUUACGCACGAUCAUCCAGCAGGACUGCAUGAAAGGAGACUGCGAGGAGGGAGAAAAGUUGAACGCAGUCGCGGCUUGGGGGCAACCCGGAUAACGACUCGACAGAGGUCUCUGGUUCCAAAUGUCACCCUCCUUGGACUGUGCCCCACUCGGGGAACAGCAGCAGUGUGUGACGGACAGACAAAUGGAGCCUGCGGUGGCUCUCUGCCGCGUGGCUUCAAACGGGCCCUGGAUGAGCUCUGCAUGGCGCAACCAGUGAAGAGUCCUGCUAUGGUCUGACGUCUCAGCAUGGAUGGAGUCAGUCAUAGAACCGGCUGCCACUAAUGAGACCAUUGCUCUUCUGUCCAGGAUUAGCAUUUACAGGAUUACUCCCAUACUUUCCUGAUCAUUUCCCAGCAACCAACAUCAUUACCAGACUCUCCGUGGUGGACUUUUUUUUACUUGAAUAUUUUUGGGAUUAAUACAUUAUUUAUAUGUAGAUUGUUUGUUUCACUCCAUUUUUCUAGUUUGUUUCCCCAAUUCCUUUUUUAUUUUCAACUAUGGAGUUUCUGGCUGGACCCUGGAAUAAGGAUUGGACUUCAUUCUUACAAUUUUGGUUGACUGUAAUACUAAGCCUUCAAAUGCAAUUCAGCCCAGGUGCCUCUUGCCCAGAAGAGUGUCGUUGUGACAAAUCAUAUGUGUACUGCAACGAACGCAGCCUGACAUCUGUGCCUCUGGGGAUGCAGGAGGGCUUCAAGGUCCUCUACCUGCAUAACAACCAGAUCAACAAUGCUGGCUUUCCUGUGGAACUCCACAAUCUGGCCUCUGUGGAGACUGUGUAUCUCUAUGGCAACCAGCUCGAUGAGUUUCCCAUCAAUCUGCCCAAAAAUACCAGAGUACUGCAUCUACAGGAGAACAAUAUUCAAACAAUCUCCAGGGCAGCCCUAGCACAGUUGACUCGAUUGGAGGAGUUGCACCUUGAUGACAACUCCAUCUCCACAGUGGGGGUGGAAGAAGGGGCCUUUAGGGAGGCACUAAACCUCAAACUCCUCUUCCUCACCAAGAACCACUUAAGCAGUAUUCCCAUUGGCCUCCCAGAGGACUUGAAAGAGCUGCGAUUGGAUGAGAAUAGAAUCGCUGUCAUUGCAGAGGAGGCCUUCCAGAAUGUGACGCAUCUGCAGCGCCUCCUGCUGGACGGGAACCUGCUGACGGACGAGGGCAUUGCGCCUGGGACAUUCCAGGAACUGGCCAGCCUCCGAGAACUGGCACUGGCCCGCAACUCGCUCACCUUCCCCCCUCCCCUUUUACCUAGCCAGUCCCUGGUCAAACUCAGCCUGCAGGAGAACCAGAUAAACCAGAUCCCAGUAGCAGCUUUUGCAAAUUUGAAUAGACUGGAGAGGUUGGAUAUUUCCAGCAACCAACUUCAGACUCUCACGCAGGGUGUAUUUGACAGCCUGUCAAGCUUAAAGCAUCUCAUUGUGCGAAAUAACCCAUGGCGCUGUGACUGUUCAGUGAAAUGGGUGGUGGUGUGGCUCAAGUCAUUGCCUUCCUCCAUAAAUGCCAGAGGGUUCGUUUGUCAGAGUCCAGACAGGGUGCGUGGCAUGGCAAUCCGUGAGCUCACAUUAGAUAUUAUUGAAUGUCCAGUCGAUGCCGACCAACCACCGUGGCCCACCCUUGGCUCGACACCUCCUCCUCCGCCCACCACCACCCCUCUCACCACCGUGAUCUCCACUCUUGUAACCACAUCGAUUUCUGACUACUUUGACUCGCCUUCUCCACCCUUACCCCCAAUCUAUAACAAUCUUCCAGGGCCCCUGCCUCCUUAUGAGGACCCCCUUCAGAUUUCCUUCCAUGUGGUUAACUCUUCUAGUAUAGAGGUGAGCUGGGCUUCCUAUUUCACCGUCACAGCCUACAAGGUCACUUGGGUUAAACGGGGCCAAAGCCAAAUAAAUGAAGGGAUGCAGGAACGGACAGUGAGUGGUGGCCAACGGCAUAUCAUCCUCACCAACCUGGAACCCCGGUCUGUGUACCGGAUCUGUGUGCAUGUAUUGGACACUCAUAACUCCUAUAGGCCCGGAGAGGAUACAAUAUGCUCUGAGGCCAGGACCAAGUCAGCCUUGCCAACCAAGUCUCCUGGUUCAGGGCAAACUCCGAAGGAGAGCGUUAAUUCCACAUUGUUAAUGGCUGGCAUCAUAGGCGGAGUGGUCCUCAUCAUCUUAGUAACACUACUAAGCCUGUUUUGUUGGCACAUGCACAGGAAGAGCCGGUCAUCUUCGACCAAGUGGAAAUACAACCGAGGUCGCAGAAAAGACGACUACUGUGAGGCUGGAACCAAGAAGGAUAACUCCAUUCUUGAGAUGACUGAGACCAGUUUCCAGAUAGUGGCGCUGAACAACGAGCAGCUGCUCAAGGGAGAUUUCCGCAUUCAGCCUAUCUACACACCCAAUGGGGGGAUUGGCUUUAGAGACUGUCACCUCAGUAACAACAGCUUAGCCUACUGCAAGAGCAGCAACGUACCGAGUACAGAGUUUUGCCACACGUGAUGCUGUGGCAAAUAGUGCAGUGGCACACCGAUAAACUCCAGAAACGCUUGACAAUACACACAAUACACACAUACAAUGUUUGUGUAGACAAUAACAGAAAAAUGUAAAAAAUUCUAGUGAAAUAUAACUACUAUAUAUAUAUAUAUA